AUGGACCCAUCGCAAGAGGAUAACGCGACAGCCAUAUUCGACGUCACCCACCAAUGCCUCGAUUCUUUCGAUCGGGUGCAAGCCAAACACAGUGAAUCAAUUCCCACUCACUCAUUUUUUCUCGGCGAUGCAUCAGCUACUUCCGAGAGGCAACAUCAUUCCUCUUGUGACUCCUUGGGUAUUCUCAAUAGCUUCUGGAAUUGGGUUGACAGCACUGAUGCGCUGUCGUUGAAGGACUCAUCACUGGACGCAAGAUUGCGAGGUUCGGCAGGCGUGUCCACCAUGGUGAUUGAGUUGUUGGAAAUUAUUCUACGGAACCUGCAGUGUGUUGACCGCAAGCCGGAAGACCCGUCGAUCCUCUCCUUUGAUCCAACUCCGUCAGAUCCAAAAGCACGGCAGGCCUUCCUCUCGAAAUGGGAGAAUUCCCUCCGGGCUAUUCGCUCUACGCUAGAUCACCUACACUUCGUAGACGCAACGAUCAGGAAACUAUCCGCAACACGGCUCGAUCUCAUGGUCACAACCUUUCUCACCGACGAGGACAGAGCCUUUCGGAGCGACAGUGCUUCCUUGGUCCGCUACAGAUAUCCAGCUGCCCGCAAAGGACUAUGCCAACAACUGGGAGAUGCCAUAGCUGUUCGGCGCCAAAUACUUCUGCGGAAUAAACGCCACCUGGGUAGACUAGCCGUCAGACGUGUGCCCGAGAAUGUGCCUUCUACCAAACAGCGCCAAAGUCCACAUCUGGAGGUUUUACCUGGUAUAAUACAUCAGUUCAAAGACGGGUUAGCGCACCAUCCCACUGUGGUGGCAAGCAGCAUCGCGAAGGCUUCUCGCUCAGACCCCCAGGUCCCGGCCCUUGGGGGCUCGCAGCUUUCGAAACAAGUUCUCACGACAGCAACCAGCACUAUCACUGCCACGCUAGAGGAAUAUUUUGAGUACCCACUAGAAGCGACAAUGUGCGAAGGUGAAACACGGGUCCAAUGCCCUUUUUGCCUCAUACAUCUGGAACUCGGAGAAUCGAACGAAUUGAGACGCAUCAGCUGGAGACGUCACAUUGACGAGCAUCUCAAGCCUUACGGCUGCCUAUUCCCCGAGUGCUCUAAAUCCCUGGUGUUCUUCGUCCACCGUCACGAAUGGGAAGAUCAUAUGGAAUCUGCCCAUUCGAAAGAUUGGUUGCGUAAGGUCCACACUACGCUUUGGUUCUGUGAUGUCGACCACGCCUCCCCUGAAAUCUUCGAGAAUGAGUUGCAGUGGAGGAGACACAUGCAGAACCUCCGGAACCAUCCAAAUCGAGACCUGCCAACUCAACUUCAGCUUGACUGUCUGUCUACCAGGAGCAGAAAGCUCUUCUGGCGCGACAAGUUCGUCUGUCCCCUGUGCGAACAAAUCCCCAACGAGGUACGAGAUCUCCUGGAGAAUGGAGAAGGAAAGCCAACGGUCAUGUACAAUCUUGUCGUUCGCCAUGUCGCGAACCACCUACAAUCACUGUCCUUGCUUGCAGUGCCACCCGUUGAAAACAACCCUCAAGAAACCCCUGGCACAUUCGGAGAGUCGGUGCGAAUGAGCGACAGUUGUGUUUCCCAGCCACCAAGUGGAAGAGGGCGCGUUGAUGGAGCUUCUCUUCCUCCAGAGACCUGGUCGUUUCUAGAUAGGGAUCGCAUUGCCUCUCUCACAAUGCCCGGUCCGGGCUCGUCUCGGGAUAAGGAGUAUCUCGACUACACGCCCCCAGAGGAUCCUCCAGAGCCAUCAGAACAAGGUUGGGUUGACCGUUGGAACUUAUGGAAGAAUGAGAAUGAUGCUUUCUCUCAACACUGUUUUGAAGCGGAUCCAAUCCUCGCGCAUUUCAAUAAAACAGUUGGUCCCGUACAAGAUCUACGCAAGUAA